UACGGAGGGAGUAUAAACUUUCAAUCCAACUAUGUAUUUUGUAAAAUUUGUAUUCGUUAUAAUGUUAUUUAUGAGUGAGACCAUGAUGCUUAGAAUUUACCUCAAAAUUAAUCCUAUUAUUUGAGGUUUGAGCUUUCUCAUUUUUACCUGUUUCCUGAACCGUCAACCCUUCACCAUCUCCAAAACCCCAGCAAAACCAGCGAACAACCAGUUUCCCACACCACACCAUCAAUGGCUGACAAAAAACGCAAACGAACUGAACCAACCGAGGAAAUACUACCAUUCAAGAACAAACUGAAACCAGAUUCAGUCAUACUAGAAAUCUUAAAACAAUUGAAAACUUCGACCGCAUCUUCUUCUGGAACCAAAACCCUAACCCUCCAAGAACUCUCCCUCCCCUUCCAAUGCCGUGAAGUAGCGGACCUCUCCCUCUCCUCCGUUCAAUCCAACAUCGAGUCCGUUGCUCUCAAGAUCGCCCACUCCAUUCUCUCCUGCAAUGGCUUCGCCUUCGAUGUUCCUUCUCGUUCCUCCGCUAACCAGCACUACGUCCCUGAACUCGAUCGCAUCGUUCUCAAGGAUAAAUCGUCUCUUCGUCCUUUUGCCAACGUCUCAACUGUUCGUAAAACCACAAUUACUGCUCGAAUCCUCGAGCUUAUUCACCAGCUUUGCCUCAAAGGGAUACAUGUUACUAAGCGUGAUCUCUUCUACACUGAUGUUAAGCUCUUCCAGGAUCAGAUGCAAUCUGACACGGUUCUGGAUGAUGUUUCAUGCAUGUUGGGCUGCACACGUUCGAGCCUCAACGUUGUUGCUGCGGAGAAAGGAGUGGUUGUGGGAAGGUUGAUUUUCAGUGACAAUGGAGAUAUGAUUGACUGCACCAAAAUGGGUAUGGGGGGGAAGGCGAUUCCGCCUAAUAUAGAUCGAGUUGGGGACAUGCAGAGUGAUGCUCUGUUCAUUCUCUUGGUGGAGAAGGAUGCUGCUUAUAUGCGGUUGGCUGAAGAUAGGUUCUACAACCGGUUUCCUUGUAUAAUCGUGACAGCGAAGGGGCAACCUGAUGUUUCCACGAGGCUCUUCUUGCGGAAAAUGAAGACUGAGUUGAAGCUUCCAGUGCUGGCACUUGUUGACAGUGAUCCUUAUGGAUUGAAGAUUCUAUCGGUUUAUGGGUGUGGGUCAAAAAACAUGUCUUAUGACAGUUCUCACUUAACUACCCCUGAUAUAAAAUGGCUAGGGAUUAGGCCUAGUGAUUUGGACAAGUACAAGAUACCCGAGCAGUGUAGAUUGCCCAUGACCGAGCAGGAUAUAAAGACCGGAAAGGACAUGUUGGAGGAGGAUUUUGUCAAGAAGAAUCCUGGUUGGGUUGAGGAAUUGACAUUGAUGGUUAAAACUAAGCAGAAGGCUGAGAUACAGGCUUUGAGCACAUUUGGUUUUCAAUAUCUCUCUGAAGUUUAUUUGCCCUUGAAAUUGCAGCAGCAGGAUUGGCUGUGAUAAUGUAAUGUUUUGAGAAUUUAGGUGUUGAUUGUUUCAUUCAUGUCUCAUUAGCUUAGUGUUGUACUGUCUGUACCAACAAUUUACAGUGAAAUUUGGAUGAAUUUCUAGUUAUCACCCAUUGAAAAAUUGUUCAGUAUCUUCCAUUUCAAA